UGAGCAGGGAGCCCGAUAUGAGGCUCCAUCCCAGGACCCUGGGAUCAUGACCUGAGCCAAAGGCAGAUGCUUAACCAGCGGAGCCACUCAGGCACCCCUGGACGUAGAUCUAACUCUGCCUUGGCCCCUUUCUGCUUAUGGAACCUUGGGUAAGUCACUUAAGGUCCUCCAGCUUUGGUUUCCUCCUCUCCAAAAUGAGGGUACCACCCUCAGAGUACUUGCAACAGCGAUCUUGGUCUUCUCCUGGAGUUACUGCAAAGUCCUUAGCACAAGGCUGGUGCAGUUCAUACUUAGCAAAGGGUAGAUACUACUGUGGCCCCAAGUAGGCAUCUAGGGGACGGGGUUGAGGGAUAAUAAGGAGGUAGAGCUGGCUGGUUUUGGCCAUUGGCUGGACAUAGCCUCUGGUCCUGAAUGGCUCACCUAGGCUCAUUCCUGGGGUGGUGGAAGAGUGAGCAAGGUACGGGCAGCCAGCUAGCUCCUUCAGUCUGGGGCCCACCCUCUCUUCUGGGCUUCCCUUCCCAGAAGCACACUGUCAGGGUGUGUGUGUGUGUGUGUGUACCCAUGUGCAGGUUUAGGGAAGGGAGGUCUAGCGAAAACAAAUGCCAUCCUUUGGCCCUCUGGCUCUGGGAGUUUAGCUUUGUGCUAACUUCAUUCCGAUGAAAUAAAGGAUGUGGACUAGAGAGACUGGCCAUCCCUUGAAUGAGGAGUCAAGGUCGUAUCCUGGCUCAGUCACAGAUUAUUCAGGAGCCCUGAGCACCGCUGUUGCCCGGACUCUGUGCCCCCACCUAUAAAUAUGGUUGCACAGAUGGUGCCAGUCUUUCCAGAGCUGAGUUCUGACAUGUUUCAACCAUCAAAGCUCAUCAGUGCCUUGUCCUGGAUGGAGGGAGACCCUUAGUGUGGGUCCCCUUUUCUCCCCAACUUUGGAUGACAUUCUAUGGCCCUUUGCAUGACCCCACCCAUUCCCAGUAGCCCUUCUCCUUUAGGUGUCAUCCACCCAUCAGCUGGGGAGUGCUCUGUGGGCAGCGUGAACCCGCGGUGGACCUCCUAACACCUCUCCCUUGUCUCUUUGAUCUCCAGUCUCCACCGGCAGAGUGGGAAUAAACUUUCCCAGCUAAGUUAGAUGGAUGGUCCCCAUUAGCCCAGCGUGCCUUCCCCACCAACUUCCACUGAUAAGGAGGUGCUGUUGUGUGUAAGGGGAGGCUGGGGGCCAGAGCACUUGGGUGGGAGUUGGGGGUGCCCUGCCCCUGGAGCAGGAAUGGUUCCCCCAGGGAAGAAACCCGCCGGAGAGGCCUCCAACUCCAACAAGAAGUGCAAGCGUUACUUCAACGAGCACUGGAAAGAGGAGUUUCCCUGGCUGGACUUCGACUACGAGCGGAAGCUGAUGUUUUGCCUCGAGUGCCGCCAAGCCCUAGUGCGGAACAAGCACGGCAAAGCCGAGAACGCCUUCACUGUGGGCACAGACAACUUCCAGCGCCACGCCCUGCUGCGCCACGUGACCUCGGGGGCCCACCGCCAGGCUCUGGCCUUCAACCGGGGCCAGCCCACUUUGGAGGGCCAAGCCGAGGGAGGAGGGGCCUACCUGGACCUGGAGACCCCCCCCACCUCCAGGGGCAUCAAGGCAGAGGUGGACCCGGCCAAAGUGGCCAUGCUGACCACGGUGUACUGCAUGGCUAAGGAGGACGUGCCCGAUGACCGCUGCUCUGCCCUGCUCGAGCUGCAGAGGUUCAACCUGUGCCAGGCCCUGCUGGGCACAGAGCACAGCGACUGCUACAGCCCCAGGAGGGUGAGGGACAUGCAGGUGGCCAUUGCCAGUGUCUUGCACACAGAGGCCUGCCAGCGCCUGAAGGCAUCCCCGUAUGUGGGGCUGGUGUUGGAUGAGACCAGGGACUGGCCUGAGUCCCACAGUCUGGCCUUGUUUGCCACUUCGGUGUCCCCCUGUGAUGGCCAGCCGGCUACCACCUUCCUGGGCAGUGUGGAACUACAGGAGGGUGAGGCCACUGCUGGCCAACUCCUGGACAUCCUGCAGGCCUUCGGCGUGUCUGCACCCAAGCUGGCCUGGCUCAGCUCGAGCCUCCCCGGGGACCGCCUUGGGCAUGUGGGCCCACAACUCCGAGCUGCCUGCCCACUGCUCACGGAGCUACACUGCCUCCCCGGCCGGACAGAUCCCGAACCCCCUGCCUACCUAAGUGAAUAUGAAAAUGUGCUGGAUGCCCUAUUCCGCCUCCAUGGUGGCCCCAGUUCCCGCACGGUCCCCGAGCUCCGGGCGGCCCUGGACCUGGCAGAUAUUGACUUGGCAGGACCACGGCCAGUGCCCUGGGCGUCCUUGCUGCCUAUCGUGGAAGCAGUGGCUGAGGCUUGGCCUUGCCUGGUGCCCACCCUGGAGGCCUCUGCCCCCGCCUCCCCUGCAACUAGGGCACUGGCCCUCGCGCUGCGCCAGUUCACCUUUGUGGCCUUCACCCAUCUGCUGCUGGACACACUGCCCACCGUGCAGAAGCUCGCCCUUGUCCUGCAGCCAGAAGAGCCGGACUUGGCCUUGCUGCAGCCCCUGGUGAUGGCGGCUGCGGCCUCCCUCCAAGCACAGCGCAGCUCGGGUGGGGCGCGCCUCCAGGGCUUCCUGCAGGAGCUGGCUUCCUCGGGCCCCAACUUGGGCGGCGGGAGCUGCACCUACCGCGGCGUGGAGCUGGUGGGCUACUCCGAGGCUGCCGUGCGGGGUUUGGAACGGCUGCGGGGGGCCUUCCUGGACUCCAUGCGGAGGGGGCUGGGGGACUCCUAUCCCGGGCCCUCGCUGGACGCCGUGGCCGCCUUCGCAGCGAUCUUCGACCCGCGCGGCUACCCGGAGGCCCCCGAAGAGCUGGGCGCGCACGGCGAGGGAGCGCUGCGGGUACUGCUGCGCACCUUCGCUCCCGCCGUGGUGCGCCAGCGGGCGCUGGGAGAUUUCGCUCUCUUCAAGCGCGUGGUGUGCAGCCUGGGGCGGCUGGGCCCGCGGGCCCUGUGUGCCAAGCUGGCGUGUGCGCGCUCUGAGCUGCACGAGCUCUUCCCGGACUUCGCAGCCCUGGCCGCCCUGGCCUUGGCGCUGCCCGCGGGCGCCGGCCUCCUGGACAAGGUGGGCCGCAGCCGGGAGCUGCGGUGGUGGGGGCAGAGCGGGGCUGGGGAGGGCCGGGGCGGACCCGCGGUGAAGAUCGCCGUGGAUGGGCCACCGCUGCACGAGUUUGACUUUGCGCUGGCCGUGGAGUUCUUGGAGAGUGGGUGGGCGGAGGGGCUCCUGGGGUCGCAGCUCACAUGAGGGCGGCCGCCUUCUCUCUGCCCUGCCAGCCUGGGGUCCGCGCUCUAAGGUCCGGAGGCGGAUUUGACCCUGCGGCAACUCAGCUGACCGCUUGUGGCCUCCCACCCACCUGCCCUGGGCUUCCUCUGCUGAGUACUAACCCUGCCCAGUAGGCUGUGGAGGAAGGGCUGCAUUGAAGUGGGAGCUGGGAGAGCCUGCAGAGAUGCUAGGUUUGGGGGCUCCCUCAAUAUUGCUCCUGUCCUUGUCAGAGUUUGGUGAGGUGUAGCUCACCUUGUUCCCUCUGGACCCAGCACAGAUUUGGGCUCUAGAAAAACUGAAGAGUCUUUGCUGGAGGGAGAGAGGAGGACUGGGUCUCAGGAAUUGAGGGACUGAGGGAAAGGAGAUGGGGGUCGCGGCCUUUAGCUCCCCUCCUGGCAGCAUCUCUUCUCUUCAGAUAGAACUAGAGAGCAGAUGACUUCCUUGUUUUUGACACAGAGCACAGCACCGUCUCUGUGCACAAGCUACCAGUUCAAGGGAGGUAGUGGUGCCCAUGGAUAGGCUGCCUGAGGCUCUUCUGUAUAUGGCUGUGUAUAUAGACAUAUACCUCUAUAAAUGUAAAAUAAACCUACCUUGCAUACUGUUAACAAAAAAAAAAAAAUCUAAAAGGACUUCUUAUGGUUUUGCAGUGACAGGGUCCAGAAAAGUCCCCAUGGACUGAUUUAUUUCUAAUUCUUUUCUUUCUCAGAGUCUGGUUGAUCCCCAGAGUUCCUAGCCUUCCCCUGCCCUUACCUCAGACCUUUAAGACCAAAGACUGUAAAACCACAGGGCUGGACCAGCCAACUCUGGCCUGACCCAGGGGUUGGAGCGCUUUUUGCCUCCCGGGAGGAGUUGGGGUCUCACCAGAGCUAGGGGAACACAUCCCUUCAGAUUCCAACAGGUUUUCUGUCCUCUCUGUCAGUCCCUGCUGUGAAUGAUAUUGGGAUCAGGAGAGGGGCAGUUAGUGAGAGGGGAGAGGGCUGGCCUUUCCCCAGGCCUCCCAGGUGUGGGUUUAACUUGCAAUAAAAGAAAACCCGGUACAG